AAUCCCCCCAAAUCAGAGUGAAGUGUGUGAAUCGGAGAUUUCUCACUGCGCCGUGGGACUGCACCUUUACAUUCUGCUGCUGCUCCUCGUCUAGCAUUCCCCCCAACAUCCGUCAAAGCCCUACUCUCCUACCCGGUGUUUGAGUGCCUGAAUACAGUGUGUGUGAAUGUGAUGGACAUCUCCACCAGGCAACGAGCACAACAGAUGAGUGCAUCCCUCUCUCCGGCAUCCCCUCAUUUUGUAAAGGAACUGCGCAGAUCGCACGUUUCUAGACGAUUCCGCUUUAGCAUACCAAAGGGGUUUAGUCAUUCAUAUCUACCCGAUCACAAUAGCCAAGUAGUCUUGGUGGAUGACAAUGACGAUCAGUACGAAACGAGUUACACGUUUGAUACUAGUUCUCUAAGUGGACCAGGAUGGAGAGACUUCUCGACUUCACAUGCAUUGAUGGAACAGGAUUACUUAGUUUUUGAACUUGUUGAUGACUGCAAGUUUAAGAUGUAUAUUGUGAAACACAAUCCAGUCGAAGAAGAUUACAGCAUCUUCGUUGCUGGCGAAUCAAUCAACGAAGAAGUAAAUCUAAAUUGCCGAGUGAAGUAUUACGAGCUGUGUAGCAGCCAAGACACAAUUCUGCAUUCAACUGUUUUAGAGUUCGUUCAUAUCAAGGUUGUUGCUGGGAUGAUAAUCGAAACCACACGCAUAGCAGAUUGCGUUAGAGAGAUCACGGGCACGAGUGACGCCGUUGAAAAGUUGGAGGCCCGGGACGACGUGUUAGAAAAUUUUGAACGUAUUGGGAUGAAGGUGAGAUUCGUACGAGCUCGUAUAGCUCAGCUGCUAGUCGCCCUCCAACAAGUAGAGAACAUGCGGAGGGCAGGGAUUAUUAGGGAGGUCGCCAGUGCUCCUUGGUGAAGGAUUUAGACCCAUACUACUCAACAUUGUCAUCAACAAAGGUGCUGGCACAGGAUGGUGAGGACAUGAUCUGAAGAUUAGUUUUAGGUUUAGAGUAGCACGAGGCCUAGAGAACGAUGUAGUGUUAUUUGUUACUGUAAGAAAAAUAAAAUCUUUUUACUUUAUAACUUUAUUAAAAUAU